AUGGCAGACAUACUCUUGCUCACAGGAUCCGCCACUCUCGGUUCUCUUUUCAGUCUCAUUACUCAUCUUGACUAUGUUAUAAACUGGAGAAAGAUCGUGGACGACCGUUUCGAGGCGCGCCAACGCCAUGAGCAUAGCCAAAUCGCCAUGCUUGGAAAGUCUGACAGAGGAUGGCGCGCUGGAGUCAAUUGGGCUGCCACUUACACCUACGAUGUUGAUUGUCUCCUUGUUUUGUUUUGGUCAAUCACUUUGUUCAUUGGGACGUACAACAUACGUAUAAAGCAGCAAAACAAAAGGGCUAUGUCUGUCAUAUUCAAAUUCACAGCCCUAUUUCUUCCCGCACUCAUGAUCGGGUUUGCGGCUGUCGCGUCAGUUGCACACGCCCCACUCGCCUUCGUUUUUUUAGUAAAUGCCAUCUUCGUUAUAUGCCUCACGGCCGGUGCCCUUGUUGUAGUAGCAGUACUAUACAAGUAUUUGGAAAGCCGAAACAUUUUUAAUCGUAUCUUUUACAAAAACACUUCUUACAUAGUCGGUUCGUCUGGUAGAAACAGGACUGUAUCCAGUAGCACCACGGUUCGAAACAGAGCCAGCACCGACAAGUGGCUCAUCCUUCGAUUCGGGAUCAUCAUGGCGAUUCUCCUUGUCUUCGAAGGAGCGCUCAUUGCUUACCAGACUGUCAACUAUCAGCACAAUCGUGAUCCUGACAGGGUUGAGGCCAAUGCACCGGACUACAGCGUGGAUCAGGUGAGGGUUGAGCUUUGGCAGUACUUGCCAGAGAGCUUUCCAGCCACCAUCGCCUUCUGCAUCUUCGGUACCACCGGUCCGUUCCGACGUGAAUACGUAAAAGCGUUCAAGUUCUGUUUCUCUUGUGGCCGCAAGAGUCGAUCCAUUAGGGAGCGUCGAUCUCUUCAUGGCCCCGAGCCUUGGUUACAGCUCCAGACAGGCCCGUUCAACGUCCAGUCCACUCCAGCGAGCCCAACUGUGGCAGGAGCGUCAAACCGACCUUGGCCCGUGAGCAAGAAUCGUACUCUCGACAUCUCAGAAGUAGAGAUGCAGGCAUCACCAGUCUCGACCGCUGCAACCGCAGUAGAAGGCCCGUGGGAAGCAAUCACAGCAGUCGGUCCACCAGGCCUCAUGUAUGGCAACUCAACCAACGGGACUACGUCUUUCGCCGAGGGACCAUUGACGCCGCUUUCGCACCACACCGAACAAAUCUCAGGACCGUAUUACCCACCUAAGGUCCGCCAGUCUUGCGACUCGGGGCACCGGAGCCUUAUAUCGCUCAAACCACUAAACUCGCUACCGGAGACGCUGUCAACAAAGGGCAUCAGGUCGUCCCUCAUGUCAAAGCGCACACGCAGCAGCUCCUCUACCACCGCCACCGUGCCCACGGCAUCUAGGCCAAGCUCACUCAAGAGCCCUCGCUCUUCGCUCCGCAGCCCGCGCAGCUCUCUCAAGAGCCCGCGCAGCUCGGGCGUAACAUCCACCGCAGCCUCGCGCGCCGCAGCGCCUCUCCCACCACCCCCAGCAGCAACGGCCUCGACAUCCACGCCCCGCAGCCUGCGCAGUCCCCGCGCCAACCGCGCCAGCAAUGCCAGCACCGCCAGCUCUGCGCACCACCACAAAUCGACGCGCGCGCCUGCGCCUGCUUAUCCCUCCUCCCACCGCCGCACCCUCUCCGAGGACCCGCUCUUCAAUCACCCCAAGUCGCCGCGCAGCCCGCGCGUCGACAAGGAUCUUCCGCCCGUGCCGCCUCUGCCUGUCAGCCGUCGCAACUCGACUGGCAGCAGCGUGCAUGACAGCUCGGUGGCAACGCCGUCGCCGCUGCCGUCGCCGGCGCCUGGGACGAGCUUUUUCCUGGAACCGAGGGCGGCGGUGGGGACGGCGAGAGAGGGCGAGAGCCCUGCGUGGCUGGACACGACGUCUGUAGUUUCGGAGGGGAAGAAGAGCGAGGGGUAG